AUUUCAUAAAAAUACAUUUUCUUUGUAUCUUUUUUUCUUAAUCUUCCGAAGAUUGAUUCAUCAAUGGCAGAGGAAGCUUGUAAAGUGCGUAGGAUGAAGUUAGGGAGCCAAGGUCUUGAAGUUUCGGCUCAGGGACUUGGUUGCAUGGGUCUCUCCGCCUUCUACGGUGCUCCGACACCUGAGACUAACGCCGUGGCCCUCCUCCGUCAUGCCGUUAACGCUGGCGUCACAUUCUUGGAUACUUCCGACAUCUACGGUCCCGAGACAAACGAACUGCUUCUUGGAAAGGCUUUGAAAGAUGGAUUGAGGGAGAAAGUGGAAUUAGCGACAAAAUUUGGGAUAACUGCUUCUGAAGAUGGAAAGUUUGGUUUCAGGGGAGAUCCAGAGUAUGUGAGAUUUGCUUGUGAAGCAAGCUUAAAGCGGCUUGGUGUUACCUUCAUUGAUCUUUAUUACCAGCAUCGAAUUGAUACUACUCUGCCCAUCGAAGUCACGAUGGGAGCACUGAAGAAGCUAGUUGAAGAAGGUAAAAUAAAGUAUAUCGGUUUAUCAGAAGCUUCAGCUUCAACGAUCAAAAGAGCACAUGCUGUUCACCCGAUAACCGCUGUGCAAAUAGAAUGGUCUUUAUGGUCGAGAGACGUGGAAGAAGAUAUCAUUCCAACCUGCAGGGAACUUGGGAUUGGAAUUGUAGCGUAUAGCCCUCUAGGAAGAGGCUUCUUCGCAUCCGGACCCAAGCUUGUUGAAAAUCUGGAGCAAGAUGAUUAUCGAAAGGCAAAUUUGGCCAUGCUUCUUGAUAUUACUCUGUCACAGGGUCUACCAAGAUUCCAACAGGAGAAUCUAGACAACAACAAGAUUCUCUACGAGAAAGUCCAAGCGAUGGCGACAAAGAAAAGCUGCACUCCUGCACAACUAGCUCUAGCAUGGGUUCACCACCAAGGAGAUGAUGUUUGUCCUAUUCCAGGAACCUCCAAGAUCCAAAACCUCAACCAGAACAUUGGAGCUUUAUCAGUGAAGCUCACUCCUGAAGAGAUGGUUGAGCUUGAGGCCAUUGCUCAACCAGAUUUCGUGAAAGGUGAACGAUAUGACAACAACAUGGUUACUUACAAAGACUCAGAGACUCCACCAUUGUCUUCUUGGAAAGAAAAAUAAAAUACAUGUUUGGAAACUGUUUUGAGGGUAUACCGCAUUGGCCAAAUGGCAGUAAUAUUGUGCUGAAGAUGUGUCUGUGUGUGUGUGAAAUAAGUUAAGUAUAUGGGUGUGUGAGUUUUCAAUAAGAAAGAGCCAAUGCCUUG